AUUUCCUGCUAAACAGAAGUUGGAUAUCACUCACAUCGUGUCAGCAAACCCAAAGAAGCUUCAGGAGCCAAAGUCAGCCUAAAAUCAAGUGAAAGAGAACAACUGUGUGGAGAAAACAGCUGAAUGAUGAGUCAAACAUCACUGGAGUCCAAACUGGAGGCCCUGCAGUGCCACUUCACCUGGGAUCUGGACCCCAGCAGGUCCGAACUCUUCCGUCUCAGGGACAAGCUGGAGGACAUCGGCACCGAGGAGGGAAACAGCUGGCUGGGUCACGUUUACAACCUGCGGGGGUUCGUUCAAUACAAGCUGGGGUUCGCUGAAGAUGCCCAGAGUUUGUUCAACAAGGCUGCAGAGGCCUUCUGCCAGACAAGAAGAGCAGACUCAGACGAGGGUCCCUGGUUAGUGGUGAACUACGGGAACCUGGCUUGGCUGCACCACCACCUGGGAGAACAAGCAGAGAGUCAGGCUUACCUGUCAAAGGUCGACGCCCUGAUGAAUAAAUACCCAUCUCCAUCCCAGGACGAGCUCCAUCCAGAGAUCUACGCUGAGAAAGCCUGGACCCUGAUGAAGUUCAGCACAGACAAGAAGCAGCUGGCUGCAGAUUACUUCCAGAGAGCCAUCAGGAUGCAGCCGGACAUGGUGGAGUGGAAAACCAGCCACUUCUUAGUGCUGUAUAGUAUCUUAACGUCAGUGUACACAGGACUGGAUGCUGACAUGUUGGAGAAAAUGAGAAUUGCAAAGGAAGAAGAUCCAGAGAACUUGUACCUCGCUGUUCGCUACCUUGAGCAGAACGCUAAAACAAUGAUGAAAGAAGAAGUUGAAGAUGAAGCUCGAGAGUUAGCUCAGAAGAUUCUGAAGAAUCCAGUCAGCAGCUACAGCGGUUUGAAACCUUUGCUGUGGGUUUACUUUGAAUAUGUUUCUGUUGAUGAGGCCAUUGAUCUGGCAGAAGAGGCUCUGAGACGUCAUCCAGAUGUGCGUUUUCUCAAGAGCUGUGUUGCACUCUUAUACAAAUGGAUCAUUACUUCCAGGGGCAGUUUCCCAAAUCAAAGCAUGAUAGACAGAGCGAUCCAUCUCCAUGAGGAGCUGAUUCCUCUUUACACUCAGUCUUCUCUUGUGAAGAGAAUAGACCUCGCAAACAUACACACAAGGUCAAAUCACAGCCAGGGUAAAGCUGAGCAGAUUUACCAGGAGCUGCUGGAGAGUGAUCUGGAACCGGCAGACAAACAGAUGGUUUACAACAGGUUUGCAAACUAUCUAUACUUUGAUCGAAGGGAUCGUCCAGGGUCAAUACAGUAUCACAUGAUGGCGGCAGAGAUACCGUACAAAUCAAACUUUAGUGAGAACAGCAUCAAAGUUCUGGGAAAGAUUAAAGACACAUUUAGGAAACGGGCGGAUGAAUUAGAGGAGUUUCUGGAGAACCUACAAGAGCCAUAGGGCAGUGGCUGUAAACCAGAAAAUAACAACAGAAAAAUCUGUUCAGGCUCAUUAAUCUGAUUACGUUCGUACACAUUAGUAAAACUUAUAGAUUUGUGGAAUCCAGCAAGACGUAGAACAGAUGAUGUUGUUUGCUUCCAGUGCAUCUUCAUAGACGACCGCAUAAAUAUGGACGAUCGUUUUACCCAGAAUUUAAAUUAACAUGGAAAAAGGAAAAGGUGGAAAGAAAACAUGUAAAUCAAGGCAGCGAUAACUUACUCAAAACACGUUCCAACAACAAGCUAGCAAGUUGUUAGAACAUAGCUAAGUUAAAGGGAGACAAAGGCUGAUUGAAACUUGCACAUUUGCGCUGAAGAUCUCUCAACAGUUUAAUGAAGCAGCUGAAUCAGUCAACAACACUGCAAUGGUCCUUUAAACAACAUCCGCAUGUUCACCUGUCAUUAAUGAAAUUCAAAUUACACGAUUAAUUAAAUCCAUUUUGUCCUUGAUGGUGUUCACUGUACUCCUGUGCUGUAUCUGAAGUUUG